AUGCUACUUCCGAGGAACCCAAUCGAUCCCCGGAGGUACGCAAGCAAAGAAUCCAGAUUGAGAUCACGAGGAGCCACAGCCGGCGCAGAAGAUCAGGGAAUGGCGAGCAAAGACGCGGGAUCGAGUGUGGCAGAGGUGCGCUUAUGCUUGCGGCUGGACAUGUCCACGAGGAGCGACGGGAGUGCGGGAGAGCCGAAGAAGCACGAAAGCGAGCUCGUCGAACGCGUGGCCAGUGGAGGCCUAUCGGAGCUAGCCAAAUCCCUCGCCCGGCUACGCGCCCAGUCCAACCAAACGCUCACUGCGCUCAUCAACUCUUACGGCGCAGCUGAGACCGGCAAGGAGAAGAGAGUCUCAGAGAAAUUGCAAGCGGCCCUUGCCGCCCGGUCCGAGCCGGACGACGAAGAUGAUGAAGGCGACGAGCUGGAGGCCGACGAAGAUUAG